AUUUGUAUCCCUGUUUUACAUAUUUAUUAUUGUAAAAAUCAAUUAUUUUCAGAUAGAAGAUGGACCAAACCCAGCUGAAGAAGACUUAAGUCCAGCUAGGGGAAAUAUUACUUUUACUCCGGGGAUAUCAAUGCUUAUUUAUAAUAUAACAGUGCUUGACGAUCAGAUACCUGAAAAUGAUGAAUCAUUUUUUGUUCAUCUGAGGAGCGUGGAGGGAGGGGCUGAAAUCAACGACACAAAAAAGUCUGUUCAGAUUAAUAUUAAGAAAAACGACAGCCCUGUGCGCUUUAUUCAGAGUGCUUAUAUGGUGCCUGAGGAAGUUGGUGUGCUGACAAUUCAAGUGGUUCGUGGUAAGGAUGACAGUGAGAAAGUAAUUGGACCUGAUGAAUAUGAAGUCUCUGUCAGUUACGCCAUCAUAACUGGGAAUUCAACAGCACAUGCACAGCUUAAUGUAGACUUCCUAGAUCUACAGCCAAAUCCAACUAUUGUUUUCCCGCCUCUAGUUCAUGAAACGUACAUAAAAUUUAAGAUUCUUGAUGAUGCCAUACCAGAAAUUGCUGAGACUUUUCAGAUUAUGCUUCUUAAGGACACUUUGCAGGGAGAUGCUGUUUUGAUUAAUCCAUCUGUUGUUCAUGUCACCAUCCAACUGAAUGAUAAACCCUAUGGAGUACUAUCCAUCAACAGUAUCCUGUUUGCUCAGACUGUUGUCAUUGAUGAAGACCAAAUUUCAAGGUUUGAAGGGAUCACAGUUGUAAGAAAUGGUGGAACACAUGGAAAUGUUUCCAUUACCUGGGUUAUAAUCCGAAAUAGCAGCGAUCCCUCACCUGUGACCGCGGACCUCAUGCCAGAGACGGGGGAGAUAUGUUUUGAUCAAGGGGAGAUGCUGGUAAUGCUUCCUCUGAACGUUGUUAGUGAUGACAUACCAGAAGAGGCAGAGCCCUAUAUUCUGAAACUCUUAGCUCAUACAAUACAGGGAGGUGCUGAAGUCAGCGAACCAUCUGAGCUUCUGUUUUACAUUCAGGACAGUGAUGAUGUUUAUGGCGUAAUAGAGUUUUACCCUUUGGAGAAUCAGAAGAUUGAAAGUAAUCCAAUGGGACGUUUUUUAUCCUUGAGUUUUGCAAGGGAGGGAGGAACUGUUGGAGAUGUGCAGUUGGUUUAUACUGCACUGUAUAUUCCAGCCGGAGCUCUGGAUCCCGAGAGAGCGAAAGAUGGCAUUCUAAAUACGUCUGGAAGAAGCGUUCUCAUGUUUCCAGAAGGAAAAACACAACAUACUUUAAAUAUACCAAUAAGAAAUGAUGCAUUUCUUCAAAAUGGUGCUCAUUUCCUCGUUCAGGUGGAAAAAGUUGAGCUGGUGAAUAGAAUUCUUCCAGUCCCAUCUGUGAGCCCUAGAUUAGGUGAGAUUCGAAAUAUUUCUCUGAGGAUUGCUCCAGAUAUUGCAAAUGGUGAAAUAGGCUUUACUAGCAAUCUUCCAGUUAUUCUUUCUGAGCCAGAAGAUUCCCCUGCUACUGUGGUUUCCAUUGCAUUACAUCGAGAUGGGACCGAUGGUCAAGCAACUGUAUUCUGGAGUUUGAAACCAUCCGGUGUCAAUCAGAAGGCAGUGACACAUGAUGAUAUAAGUCCUUUUAAUGGCUCUGUCGUUUUCUUAUCUGGACAAAGUGACACUACAAUCAACAUUACUGUUAAAGCUGAUGAUAUACCCGAGAUGAAUGAAACCAUAUUAUUAACCUUAGACAG